AUGGCGCUAGAGUCCAGCCGGGGAGCGGUGACGUUCUUGUCCAUCUUGCCCACAGAACGCAAGGCGAUCCCUCUCUUUUUAGUCUUUAAGCUCCGUUCAGGCGCAUUGCGUUUCUGCAACGAGCAACCUGUGACACGUGACAAACACUAUGUUCAGGAGCUGAGGAUUGUCCUCCUGGGGCAUGACUGGCUAGAGAAGAGUUUGACAGGAAACACCAUCCUCGGCCAACAGAUGUUUGACAUCGGCAGAGAUGUGAAGAUGUGUGUCAGGAGGCAGGGCACCCUUGAUGGGGGCCGUAAAGUUAUUGUUGUCAACAGCCCUGAAAGGUGGAUCCGAUACUUUGUCCAAAACCCCAGCCUGGUGAAGAACAACAUGUUGGCCUGCAUGGCCAUGUGCCUGCCAGGACCACAUGCCUUCCUCCUGGUUAUACCUGUGAGCUCUGAUCGAGGUAGGGAGUGGACAGUAGAGGGACCUCUUGAACUACUUAAUGACACAGUGUGGAGAAACACAAUAGUAGUAUUUACCAGAUGUGAGCGAUUGAGAGGGUCACCUGUGGAGGGAUACAUUGCAAGACGCACGUUUCUCAAGGCACUUUUGGAGAAGUGUGGACAUAGAUACCACCUUUUAGACACAACCGUUUGGGGAGAAGAUGAUGACACUCAGGUUGUAGACCUUUUGGAGAAAGUUGAUGCAAUGGUGGCAGGAAAUAUAAAGACAGGAGGAGGUGGUUAUGUGACCACAAAAGAAGAAGUCUUUAGAAUAACUGUGAGGGAAAGAAAAGAAGCAGAAGAGAAGGCGAUUCUGAGACGAAUGGAUGUGCAGAUGGUCAGAAGGACACUCAGAUGUCUAAUGGGACAGUCUCAUCUGAUUUCAAUGCUACGAAUUCUCAUUGUGGGACCGAAGCAUGUUGGUAAGAGCUCAGCUGGAAACACCAUUCUUGGCAAUGAAGUCUUUCCUUCUAGAUGUCCAACAUCCCAGUGCACUAAGAGACAGGGUAAAGUUUACAGAAAGCGAGUCACUGUGGUUGACACUCCCGGCUGGCACGGGAGAUACUGCUCAGAGGACACUCCACUGGAGAUACAACAGCAGAUAGCCCACAGUGCAUCUCUGUGUGCCCCCAUUCCCCAUGCCGUCCUGGUAGUCAUUCGCAGCGAUGAGACCUUCACUGAAACUGACCGUUGGAAUGUGGAGGAACAUUUGAGUUUGCUUGGAGUUUGGGUUUGGACUCGAACCAUCAUACUGUUCACCUGGGGUGACAAACUGGGAGUAAUACCCAUUGAACAACACAUUGAAAGAUGGCCAGCCCUCCAGUGGCUGGUCGACAAAUGCGGAAAUAGAUAUCAUGUUUUUGAUAACUCAAACAGGGUUGGAGACAUUCAGGUCAGAGAACUGCUUGCAAAGAUUGAGGAAACUGAGGUGGGAAAUGACACUGGACACCUGUUACACAGAUUCAUGGAACUCAGAGAAGACAACAGGAAGCUGGAUCAAAGCUCCAAAAAGAUUGCAAGACAGCUCAAAAAGGCAAGCUUACACAAUGAUCUCCUGAGGCAAACAGUUGAGGAGAAGGAGAGGAUAGUAGAGGACAUGAAUAAGACGGCUAAAGAAAAGGAUGAGCAGACUGAAGCUCUGAAACUCACAACUGAUAAGGAGACGGAGGCAGAAAUCAAGAAAAAUAAAGACUAUGAAGAGAUUAGCAGAAGAUUAGUGGAAGUCGAGAGGGAGAAUAACCAUCUCAAAAAACUCGUUAUUGGGAGAGACAGAAUGAUAUCAAGCUUGAGGGAAAAAUGUGCUUUCAAAGACAAUGUGAUUAAAGCUACAAUGCAAAGCAGUGAGGUUGAAAAGGAAGUGCAAAAGGAGCGGGUGAACGAACAAAAGCAAGGGACAACAACCUCAAAGGAGUGCGAGAAGAAAGAUAAAGAGCUGGAUCAAAUGAUGAUUAAUCACAAAAGAGACGCAAAAGAGCUUAGAGAGACGACUGAAUGCCUGAAUAGAGAAAAUAAAGAUACAAAGACAGUGUUGAAAGACAUGAUCAGUCAG